CGGCGCUGGCGUUCGGGCCACCAUGUCCCUGCGCUUCGUGGUGACCCCCGCGGCCGGCGGGCUGGGGGACGCGGAGCCCAGGCCUGAGGGCGGCAGCAGCCAGCGCCCCGGUCCUCCCUGGACCCUGGACCCGGACCCCGCCGCUGGCCGGGAGCCGCCGAGGGAGGACGCGCUGCCCAUCCUGCGCUACUGCCGCGAGCCGAGCCGCUACGGAGAUGGAAACCCGAGAGAGAGCAGCCCGUUCAUUAACAAUGUGGAGGUGGACAGAGAGAGCUUCUUCGAAAGGAAGAAUAUGGCGCUGUUUGAGGAGGAGAUGGACAGCAACCCCAUGGUGUCUUCCCUCCUCAACAAGCUGGCCAACUACACCAACCUGAGCCAGGGCGCCGUGGAGCACGAGGAGGGCGAGGAGAGCAGGAGGCACGAGGUCAAGGGCCCGCGCAUGGGCACCUUCAUCGGCGUCUACCUGCCCUGCCUGCAGAACAUCCUCGGCGUGAUCCUCUUUCUGCGCCUGACGUGGAUCGUGGGGGCCGCCGGCGUCCUGGAGUCAUUCCUCAUCGUGUCCAUGUGCUGCACCUGUACAAUGCUGACCGCCAUCUCCAUGAGCGCGAUUGCAACCAACGGCGUGGUCCCAGCUGGUGGCUCGUACUACAUGAUAUCACGGUCUCUGGGGCCUGAGUUCGGAGGGGCCGUGGGCCUCUGCUUCUACCUGGGCACUACGUUCGCAGGGGCCAUGUACAUUUUGGGGACCAUUGAGAUUUUUCUGACUUACAUCUCCCCGAGUGCGUCCAUCAUCCAGGCCGAUUCGGUGGACGGCGAGGCGGCGGCCAUGCUGCACAACAUGCGUGUGUACGGAACGUGCACGCUGGUCUUCAUGGCCAUGGUGGUCUUCGUGGGCGUCAAGUACGUCAACAAGCUGGCCCUGGUGUUCCUGGCCUGCGUGGUGCUGUCCAUCCUCGCCAUCUAUGCUGGCGUCAUCAAGACCGCCUUUGACCCCCCGGACAUCCCGGUCUGUCUGCUGGGGAACCGCACGUUGUCAAGACGUGGCUUCGACCUCUGCGCCAAAGUCCACACUAUCAAUAACAGCACGGCCACCACUGCGCUCUGGGGCCUCUUCUGCAACAGCUCCAUGCCCAAUGCCACCUGCGACGAGUACUUUGCCCAGAACAACGUCACGGAGAUCCAGGGCAUCCCCGGGGUGGCCAGCGGCGUCCUCCUGGAUAACCUGUGGAGUGCAUACGCAGACAAGGGGGCGUUUGUGGAGAAGAAGGGCGCAUCUUCCAUGGCUGUGCCGGAGGAGAGCAGAGCCAGCGGGCUGCCCUACGUCCUCACGGACAUCAUGACCUACUUCACCAUGCUGGUCGGCAUCUACUUCCCCUCGGUGACCGGUAUCAUGGCGGGCUCAAACCGGUCCGGGGACCUCAAGGACGCCCAGAAGUCGAUCCCCACAGGGACCAUCUUGGCCAUCGUGACCACGUCUUUUAUUUACCUCUCCUGCAUCGUGCUUUUUGGAGCCUGCAUCGAGGGCGUGAUCCUACGAGAUAAGUUUGGGGAGGCCCUGCAGGGGAAUCUCGUCAUUGGCAUGCUGGCCUGGCCAUCUCCGUGGGUCAUUGUCAUCGGCUCCUUCUUCUCGACCUGUGGCGCCGGCCUGCAGAGCCUGACUGGGGCGCCGCGCCUGCUGCAGGCUAUCGCUCGGGACGGCAUCAUCCCUUUCCUCCAGGUGUUCGGCCAUGGGAAGUCCAACGGGGAGCCCACGUGGGCCCUGCUGCUCACGGCCCUCAUCUGCGAGACCGGCAUCCUCAUUGCCUCCCUGGACAGCGUGGCCCCUAUCCUCUCCAUGUUCUUUCUCAUGUGCUACAUGUUUGUGAACCUGGCUUGCGCUGUGCAGACCCUGCUGCGCACACCCAACUGGCGUCCGCGCUUCAAGUACUACCACUGGACGCUGUCCUUCCUCGGCAUGAGCCUGUGCCUCGCGCUGAUGUUCAUCUGCUCCUGGUACUACGCCCUCUUUGCCAUGCUCAUAGCCGGCUGCAUCUACAAGUACAUCGAGUACCGAGGGGCCGAGAAGGAGUGGGGUGACGGCAUCAGGGGGCUGUCACUGAACGCUGCCCGCUAUGCCCUGCUGCGUGUGGAGCAAGGGCCCCCCCACACCAAGAACUGGAGGCCCCAGGUGCUGGUGAUGCUGAACCUGGACGCAGAGCAGCAGGUCAAGCACCCGCGCCUGCUGUCCUUCACCACGCAGCUCAAGGCUGGCAAGGGGCUGACCAUCGUGGGCUCCGUGCUGGAGGGCACCUACCUGGACAAGCGUGCUGAAGCCCAGCAGGCUGAGGAGAACAUCCGGUCUCUGAUGGGAGCCGAGAAGACCAAAGGCUUCUGCCAGCUGGUGGUGUCCUCCAACCUGCGGGAUGGCAUGUCCCACCUCAUCCAGUCGGCCGGUCUAGGGGGCAUGAAGCACAACACGGUGCUCAUGGCCUGGCCCGCGUCCUGGAAGCAGGAGGACAACCCUUUCUCCUGGAAGAACUUCGUCGACACCGUCCGUGACACCACGGCCGCGCAUCAGGCCCUACUGGUGGCCAAGAACGUGGACCUGUUUCCACAAAACCAGGAGCGGUUCAGCGACGGGAACAUCGACGUGUGGUGGAUCGUGCACGACGGGGGCCUGCUCAUGCUGCUGCCCUUCCUGCUGCGGCAGCACAAGGUGUGGAGGAAGUGCCGGAUGCGCAUCUUCACGGUGGCCCAGGUGGACGACAACAGCAUCCAGAUGAAGAAGGACCUGCAGAUGUUCCUGUACCACCUCAGGAUCAGCGCGGAGGUGGAGGUGGUGGAGAUGGUUGAAAACGACAUUUCGGCGUUCACGUAUGAGAAGACCCUGAUGAUGGAGCAGAGGUCCCAGAUGCUGAAGCAGAUGCAGCUGUCCAAGACGGAGCGGGAGAGGGAGGCUCAGCUCAUCCACGACAGGAACACCGCCUCCCAUUCUGCGGCAGCCGGCAAGACACAGCCGCCGUCCACGCCAGACAAGGUGCAGAUGACCUGGACAAAGGAGAAGCUGAUUGCUGAGAAGUCCAAGAACAGAGACCCCGGUGUGUCCGGGUUCAAAGACCUCUUCACUCUGAAGCCAGAAUGGGGAAACCUGAACCAGUGCAACGUCAGGAGGAUGCACACGGCCGUGAAGCUCAACGAUGUCCUGCUCAACAAGUCCCAGGACGCCCAGCUGGUCCUACUGAACAUGCCGGGGCCCCCCAAAAACCGGCAGGGGGACGAGAACUACAUGGAGUUCCUCGAGGUCCUGACCGAGGGGCUCAACAGGGUCCUCCUUGUCAGGGGCAGUGGCCGGGAGGUGAUCACCAUCUACUCCUAACGCUCGGCUUCCCGGGCACUGCCAGGCCGGCAGGACGGUGCCACAGCAUCCACUGGCCAGCUGCCUGACCUGCGGCGUGGCUUCCUACAGAAGUUUCUAGAACACCCCCGGGGGCUCUCCUGUCCAGGCCGAGAACUAGCGUGUGACUGAGAAGGGAAGAUGUGGGCGCCUUCCGUGCUCCAUGUGCUCCUGAGGGCGGCUCGAGUGCCCUGGGCACAGCUGGCCAUCUGGUUCCAGCAGAGUGAGCCCGGGGGCAGUGGCCACGUGCUCUGCCUUUGGAUUCUGGAAUUAACGUCCCUGGUUGGACCUGCCGGCUCGUCGGUGGUUCCGUCUCAGUUCUUCCCCGUGCGGGAUGUUCACAGGAAACCACGCUGUGUUUGCAGCCGGGACCCAGCCGCAUCCCUUCACAAGCACUGAUGGCUGGCUCGGCAGGCACCCUGGGCCGUCAGCACCUCAAGCAGGUGGGUGUGCCAGGACCCAGGGCGCCACACAGAAAUGGUAGAUGCCGAGAUGUCCCCACGCCAAGCAGUUCAGCGUCCGACACGACCCCAGGGCCCCGCUGCACACUCCGGGAGAGGGCAGGCCUGCCACAUGGUGGUUCUGGAGUGUCAGCAGUGCCCAGCACUGACCUGUCCGGCUGAAGCCUGCACGUCGCCUCCCACUGGCCCAAGGCGACGGUGGCGGCCGGCUCAGGGCGCUGACAGACCCUUUCCAUGAUCCGUAGGUGUUUUGCACUUUACCUUUCGGUCUCUGCUUUCUGGGUCGCGAUCACGUUCCGUGUAGAUGGUGCCGUGAUUGGCGCCUCGUGCUCUGUGUGGCCUAUUUAUUUAUUUAAACACCUGGCAUCUCAGUGAUAAUCGAAAAGUACCCCAGAUGCCAGGCCCUCCGCCUCCUCUGGCCCUCACGGACUCCUGAGGGAAUCAGCCCCGUCCCCAGGUUUCAGUUCAGGCCGGAGGCUGAGCCUGUGCUUCCAGACGCCUCUGAGGAGCAGUCGGGCAGCGUAGAGGGUCAGCAUCGCCCUCGGAGCGACCACUGGCCAGAGUGUGUGCCAAACAGCCGCAGCCGGGUGGGGCAGGCUGCUCUUGGCGCUGUGCUGUUUCCUUCAGUGCUGACCUGGCAGCCGAAACGCCUCCCUUGCAACUUGGUCCCCUUCCCGUGCCUGGGGAGGGGCCACCAGCCCCGGGUCCCUGAGCCGAGAGGAGAGCAGCGUCCGCACUGGCUGGAAUGUCGGUCAGCGGCUGGAAAGCGGGGCCGCUCGCGGCCUCACCCUUGCUCACACAAAGCCAAGCUGGCUGCAUGGAUGGAGGUGGGGCUGCGGUCUGGGCCCCCCGCCUGCCCGCAGCACCCAUGUCAGCACCGCGACCCCCACCGUGGACUGUGAGACCCUGACCGCAGCCGUGUAAAGCGAUGGCAUGUGCUCCUUUUUUAGGUUCCUGUCUUUGUAUGAUUUUGUUAGUAGAAUAAUAAAAUUGUAUAAAAUCUGA